UUAAAUGCUUUUCUGGGGAUGGAAGGUUCCAGUUUUUAAUGAAAUUACUGAGUGUGGUGUAGUGAAAUGAUUAAAAUCUGUAUUCCGGGAAUGUGGCAGGGAAAAAAAAUCAAUAAGUGCUAGCACAGCUUUGCUGCUCAAUGUGAAUCCUGAGAAUGAAAUAAACUACUACAAAAAUAAUAAUUAAAAACAUAUCAGCACAUUAAUUUAUUUAGCAUCAGUCUCCUGAGACAUCAUCUUCACUAAUUUUUAGCAUACAUUUUACUAUAUAAUGAGCAGCCUUCUUUUCAGAUAUCCCUAUUAGACAGGCAGUAUUUCUGCCCUUCCCCCCAGCGCUCCUGCAUUGCAAUCAUUGUACUUGCACUUAUUAUGUUACAAAUGACCGAGGUAAGGCUGACAUUCUCAGUGCAUGCAAAAAGACCUAGUCUGCCAAGCUUUUUUUUUUUCUUAAUGAAGCAGCUUUGUGAAAUCUCCCCAUGUGUUAAUACUAAUGAAGAUCCUCCAGCACAAUUAAAAUCACAGCCAGUGGCUGAAGAGGAAACAUAAAACAAUAGCAUCUUUUAAGAUACAUUUAUCCACAUAUGCAUGUACCAAAUAUACAUAUAUGGUCAAAUUAAUUUUCUAUAGCUUGCCUUUCACUUGCUCUUUAUCCUGAAAAUUAAAUUAUACAAGUUUUAAUUAUAUGAACUUUUGAGACUUUAAUGUGUUCCAGGGGAAAAACACUACCUCAAUGAAAAAAAAUUUUAAUUAUUUAUCUUCUUGGGUAAUAAAGCGUUACCACGGUUAAGGCCUUUUUAAAAGAAUCAUUUUUAGGAAGCUAAAAUGGGUGGUGUGCCGUAGGAAGGAAUUAGGUGUACUUCACCUUUAACUUUUUUGGUUUUAGGAUACUGAAAUUGGUGGGAGAAAAUGGAAGGGUAAAAAAUAGGAAGUUGGAAGAAAUUCUGGGGAUAGACAAAUAGUAUACCUUGUGUGUAAUAUAAAGAUGGAGCAAUGGGCUACCCAGUUUUAACUUGAUUUUUUAAAUGUUCUAAUUCGUACAAUUAGCUAUCCUCCCCCCCUUUUUUUUUUUGCCCUCUCAGAAGCUGGGGGGAAAAACUACUGAGGUUACCUUUUACAGUUCUAACUUAUAACUUUAAAAUGAUUUACUAUUUUAACGUUUUAUUUAAAUUUUAACUCAAUCCAUAAACAUCACAGCAGCUUAACUUGCCGGUGUCAGGGCAGUAGCGUUUUACCCCGGGACCAUUUUGCGUCCUGCUUUUUAUUUUGAGUUCCAAACAUCCACGAAUUUUUGGUAUAUUACAUUAGUUGGCUUUUAGACUUUAACCAAAUUCUGAGUUUACAGACAAAAAAGUUUAGGUAGAAAUGGUUAAUAUAUGCUCCCUAUUCGCCAGUGUACUUUCUUUUUUAAAAUUACGUUUUCAACCCUAUUUUCUGUCUUCUCUACUUUUAACGGCAAAACAAAACAUUUGAGUUCCUUAACUUUUUCCUGGGACAAGGAUCGGUGCAAACUCAAAGCUACAGGAUUCUUGGGAGGAAGAAGCAACCCCCUCCCUCCCUUGGCUACUUUAGGAGCUGAUAGGUCAUUUAUUAUUGGAACUGAAAUGGUAUAAACAAUUCUCUUUUUUCCCUUGUUAACAGCAACUUUCAUUGUUAGAGAGAGGAGAGAGAGAGAAGCCUCGUUGGUUGACGUCACUUGGUUCAUGAAGCCUUCACCUAGAAGUGAAGCUGCUGAACAAACCUUGAGAAGAAUCAUCUCCUGCUUCAAUCUGCUGCUGGAUAGGAACUAAUCAGAGAGAGAGAGGCGGAAGACGGAGAAGGAGGGCGUCCAGGGCUUUCCCGAUCACAAAUCUCACCUCCACUCCAACUCCCUUUAUACUUUUCUUGCAAAAAUAAUAAUAGAAAUAAGGAGGUGGUGGGGUUUCCAAAAACAAAAAUCGUAACCUUCAACCAUCUGGGGAAGGCAAAAAUCCCACCCACCGCAACUCUCAGUUCGAAAGUAAAGAUUUCUCAACAGUUAUGUCACAAGAUUGACCACAUUGAUCACAAUAUGGAGUCUGGAGAACGGUUACCAUCCUCAACAGCCUCCUCUGCUACACCGACUUCAUCUUCCAUACCUUCUGUGGCUUCAUCAGUUUCAAAAGGCGGCCUUUCCACUGGAGCUGCUUCACUUAGCUCUACAAUCAACCCAUGUGGACAUUUAUUCAGAGCAGCUGGGGAUCACCUGUUUAACCUGUCCACAGUGUCGAGUGCCUUCCCAGUGGUCAGCCACCCAGUCUUUGGUCUGCAUUCAGCCAGCUCAGGGCAUUCAGAAUUUGGUGGUUUGGGGACACUUGGUACACCCACAGCCUUAGCUGCACAUCCCCAACUAGCGUCUUUUCCAGGUGCAGAAUGGUGGCGAACAACAGAUGUUCAUACGCGUGCAGGGGCAACCUUCUUUCCACCAUUACUGGGAAUUCCACCACUGUUUGCUCCUCCAGCCCAGAAUCAUGAUUCUUCUUCAUUCCAUUCAAGGGCUUCGGGAAAAAGUAAUCGAAAUGGUCCUGAAAAAGGUGUAAAUGGGUCAAUAAAUGGAAACAAUACAUCGUCUGUAUCUGGUAUCAACACAUCUGUACUAUCCACUACUGCUUCAAGUUCUGUGGGACAAACUAAAAGUAUAAGCUCAGGUGGAGGAAAUCGAAAAUGUAGUCAGGAACAAAACAAAACCCAGCCUUUGGAUGCUAGAGCUGACAAAAUCAAAGAUAAGAAACCAAGGAAGAAAGCUAUGGAAAGUUCUAGCAACAGUGAUAGUGAUUCAGGCACAUCAUCAGACACAUCAAGUGAAGGCAUUAGUAGUAGUGAUUCAGAUGAUCUAGAGGAAGAUGAAGAAGAAGAAGAUCAAAGUAUUGAAGAAAGUGAAGAUGAUGAUUCUGAUUCAGAGAGUGAAGCACAACAUAAAAGUAACAACCAGGUGCUAUUACAUGGUGUUUCAGACCCAAAAGCAGAAGGACAGAAGGCAACUGAAAAAGCCCAGGAAAAAAGAAUACACCAGCCAUUACCUCUUGUGUCUGAAUCCCAGACUCACUCAUCAUUCCAAUCCCAGCAGAAGCAGCCUCAGGUUUUGUCACAGCAGCUUCCAUUUAUUUUCCAAAGCUCUCAGGCAAAGGAGGAAUCUGUGAACAAACACACAAGUGUAAUACAGUCUACGGGAUUGGUGUCCAAUGUGAAACCUUUAUCUUUGGUAAAUCAAGCCAAAAAGGAAAUUUACAUGAAACUCAUAGUUCCUUCUCCUGAUGUACUUAAAGCAGGGAAUAAAAAUACCUCUGAAGAAUCUAGUCCUUUGACCAGUGAAUUGCGUUCCAAACGGGAACAAUAUAAACAGACAUUCCCAGCUCAGUUAAAGAAACAGGAGUCAUCCAAGAGCCUGAAGAAGGUUAUUGCAGCUUUGUCAAAUCCAAAAGCAACCUCUAGUUCACCAGCACAUCCAAAACAAACAUUAGAAAACAACCACCCUAAUCCUUUCUUGACAAAUGCACUUUUAGGUAAUCAUCAACCAAAUGGAGUUAUUCAAAGUGUCAUUCAAGAAGCUCCUCUGGCACUUACUACCAAAACUAAAAUGCAGAGUAAGAUUAAUGAAAACAUUGCUACUUCAAGUAGCACCCCUUUUUCCUCACCUGUAAAUCUGAGUACAAGUGGGAGAAGAACCCCUGGCAAUCAGACAGCUGUCAUGCCCUCUGCCUCUCCCAUACUGCAUAGUCAAGGGAAGGAAAAAGCAGUUAGCAAUAAUGUGAACACAGUAAAAACACAGCAUCACUCUCAUCCUGUAAAAUCUUUAGUGGAACAGUUCAGAGGAACAGAUUCAGACAUUCCUAGUAGCAAAGAUUCUGAAGAUUCAAAUGAGGAUGAAGAGGAAGAUGAUGAGGAAGAAGAUGAGGAAGAUGAGGAAGAUGAUGAAUCUGAUGACAGCCAAUCAGAAUCAGAUAGUAAUUCAGAAUCAGAUACAGAAGGAUCAGAAGAGGAGGAUGAUGAUGAUAAAGACCAAGAUGAAUCAGAUAGUGAUACUGAAGGAGAGAAAACUUCAAUGAAACUGAAUAAAACAACUUCCUCUGUCAAAAGCCCUUCCAUCAGUCUCACAGCUCACUCAACACCUCGUAACCUCCACAUAGCAAAAGCCCCAGGCUCUGCUCCUGCUGCCUUAUGUUCUGAAUCCCAGUCACCUGCUUUCCUUGGCACACCUUCUUCCACACUUACUUCAAGUCCACACUCUGGCACUUCCAAAAGAAGAAGAGUAACAGAUGAACGGGAGCUGCGUAUCCCUUUGGAAUAUGGCUGGCAGAGAGAGACAAGAAUAAGAAACUUUGGAGGGCGCCUUCAAGGAGAAGUAGCAUAUUAUGCUCCAUGUGGAAAGAAACUUAGGCAGUACCCUGAAGUAAUAAAGGGAAUGCAGUGGUGUCUUUUGAAAGAAGAGGAUGUCAUUCCCCGUAUCAGGGCAAUGGAAUGUCGUAGAGGAAGACCACCAAAUCCAGAUAGACAGCGAGCAAGAGAGGAAUCCAGGAUGAGACGUCGGAAGGGUAGACCUCCAAAUGUUGGCAGUGCUGAAUUUCUAGAUAACGCGGAUGCCAAGUUACUAAGAAAACUGCAAGCUCAAGAAAUAGCCAGACAAGCAGCACAAAUAAAGCUUUUGAGAAAACUGCAAAAGCAGGAACAGGCUCGGGUUGCCAAAGAAGCUAAAAAACAACGAGCAAUAAUGGCUGCUGAGGAGAAACGAAAGCAAAAAGAACAGAUAAAGAUUAUGAAACAACAGGAAAAAAUUAAGAGAAUACAACAAAUCAGAAUGGAAAAAGAGCUUCGAGCCCAGCAAAUUCUAGAGGCAAAAAAGAAAAAGAAGGAAGAAGCAGCAAAUGCCAAAUUAUUGGAGGCCGAGAAACGAAUAAAGGAAAAAGAAAUGAGAAGACAACAAGCUGUUCUUCUAAAGCAUCAGGAGUUGGAGAGGCAUAGACUAGAUAUGGAACGAGAGAGAAGGCGACAACAUAUGAUGCUUAUGAAAGCUAUGGAAGCGCGUAAAAAAGCAGAAGAAAAAGAACGGUUAAAGCAAGAAAAACGCGAUGAGAAAAGAUUAAAUAAAGAACGUAAACUAGAGCAACGAAGAUUAGAAUUAGAAAUGGCAAAGGAACUAAAGAAGCCUAAUGAAGACAUGUGCUUAGCAGACCAAAAGCCUUUGCCAGAGUUGCCUCGUAUUCCAGGACUUGUUCUCUCUGGAAGUACAUUUUCAGACUGUCUCAUGGUGGUGCAGUUCUUACAAAACUUUGGUAAAGUUUUGGGCUUCGAUGUGAAUAUUGAUGUUCCAAACCUGAGUGUUCUUCAAGAGGGAUUGCUAAAUAUAGGGGACAGCAUGGGUGAAGUACAAGACUUGCUUGUGAGGCUCCUCUCAGCUGCUGUAUGUGAUCCAGGUCUAAUUACAGGAUACAAGGCCAAAACAGCUCUUGGAGAACAUUUGCUGAAUGUUGGUGUGAAUCGAGACAAUGUUUCCGAGAUUUUGCAGAUUUUUAUGGAAGCACACUGUGGACAAACUGAGCUCACUGAAAGCCUGAAGACCAAAGCUUUUCAGGCUCACACUCCAGCACAGAAAGCCUCAGUUCUGGCUUUCCUGAUCAAUGAACUGGCGUGCAGCAAGAGUGUGGUGAGUGAAAUCGACAAGAAUAUUGAUUACAUGUCAAAUUUGAGGAGAGAUAAAUGGGUGGUAGAAGGUAAACUCCGCAAGCUCAGAAUCAUUCAUGCUAAGAAAACAGGCAAAAGAGACACUUCAGGUUGCAUUGAUCUUGGAGAAGAACAGCAUCCAUUGGGCACACCCACUCCAGGACGCAAACGAAGAAGGAAGGGAGGAGAUAGUGAUGAUGAUGAUGAUGAUGAUGAUGAUAGUGAUGACCAAGCUGAUGAAGAUGAUGAGGAUGAAGAAGAUAAAGAAGACAAAAAAGGAAAGAAGACUGAGAUCUGUGAAGAUGAGGAUGAAGGUGACCAAGCAGCAAGUGUUGAAGAGCUAGAAAAACAGAUUGAAAAACUGAGUAAACAACAGAGUCAGUACAGAAGGAAGCUCUUUGACGCUUCUCACUCUUUACGUUCGAUGAUGUUUGGCCAGGAUCGUUACAGACGCCGGUACUGGAUUCUUCCCCAAUGUGGGGGGAUUUUUGUAGAAGGCAUGGAGAGUGGUGAAGGACUAGAAGAAAUUGCAAAAGAAAGAGAAAAACUAAAAAAGGCAGAAAGUAUCCAGAUCAAAGAAGAAAUAUUUGAGCCUUCUGAGGACACUUUAAAUUGUUCAAAUCCAGAUCACUGUGAGCAAAAGGAAGAUACUAAAGAAAAAGAUAACACAAAUCUGUUUCUUCAGAAACCUGGUUCAUUUUCAAAAUUAAGCAAGCUUUUAGAAGUAGCUAAGAUGCCUCCUGAGUCAGAUGUAAUAACCCCCAAGCCAACCAGUAGUGCAAAUGGGUGCACACUGUCUUAUCAAAACAGUGGAAAACAUUCAUUGGGCAGCAUUCAAUCAACAGCAACACAAAGCAGCGUGGAAAAGACAGACUCUAAUAAUCUGUUCAGUACCAGUUCGGGUGGUCCAGGGAAGUUCUAUAGUCCUCUCCCCAAUGACCAGUUGUUAAAAACACUGACUGAAAAGAAUAGACAGUGGUUUAGCCUUUUGCCGAGGACACCUUGUGAUGACACAUCACUUACCCAUGCAGGUAUGUCAACUGCUUCUUUAGUGACCCCUCAGUCUCAGCCACCAUCUAAGUCACCUUCGCCUGCCCCAGCUCCUCUUCUUGGAUCAUCUUCUGCUCAGAAUCCUGUUGGCCUCAAUCCAUUUGCUUUAUCACCUCUUCAGAUGAAAAGUGGAGUAUCUAUGAUGGGACUCCAGUUUUGUGGGUGGCCCACCAGUGUGCUUACUUCUAGUAAUCCAUUUACAUCACCUUUACCUAGUCUGGGAUCAGGGCUGGGAUUAUCAGAAGGAAAUAGUAAUUCAUUCUUGACUCCUAAUGUUGCUUCAAGUAAAAGUGAAUCUCCAGUACCACAGAAUGAAAAAGUCUCUUCAACUCAACCUGUAGCUGUUGAAGUAGCAAAACCAGUAGAUUUUCCUAAUCCAAAACCUAUUCCAGAAGAAAUGCAGUUUGGUUGGUGGAGAAUUAUUGACCCAGAGGACCUAAAAGCUUUGCUCAAAGUGCUCCAUCUCAGAGGAAUAAGAGAAAAGGCGUUACAAAAACAAAUUCAGAAACACUUGGAUUAUAUUACUCAAGCUUGCAUCAAGAAUAAGGAUGUUGCUAUUAUUGAAUUAAAUGAACAUGAAGAAAACCAGGUAACUCGAGAUAUUGUGGAGAACUGGUCGGUAGAAGAACAAGCAAUGGAAAUGGAUUUGAGUAUUCUUCAACAGGUAGAAGAUCUAGAAAGGAGAGUUGCAUCAGCAAGUUUGCAAGUGAAGGGUUGGAUGUGUCCAGAGCCUGCAUCAGAAAGGGAGGACUUGGUAUAUUUUGAACAUAAGUCAUUUUCUAAAUUGUGCAAGGAGCAUGAUGGAGAAUUUACUGGCGAAGAAGAAAGCAGUGCACAUGCACUGGAACGGAAGAGUGACAACCCCCUAGAUAUAGCUGUAACCAGGCUGGCUGAUUUGGAGCGGAACAUUGAAAGAAGAAUUGAAGAGGAUAUUGCUCCAGGGCUCAGGGUAUGGAGAAGGGCAUUAUCAGAAGCUCGCAGUGCUGCACAGGUAGCUCUGUGCAUUCAGCAGUUACAGAAAUCAGUAGCAUGGGAAAAAUCAAUUAUGAAAGUUUACUGCCAGAUCUGUCGAAAGGGAGAUAAUGAAGAACUGCUCCUCCUUUGUGAUGGCUGUGACAAAGGCUGUCAUACAUACUGCCAUAGACCCAAGAUUACAACUAUACCAGAUGGGGACUGGUUUUGUCCAGCUUGCAUUGCUAAGGCAAGUGGUCAAACUCUAAAAAUCAAAAAACUUCAUGUCAAAGGAAAAAAGACUGAGUCAAAAAAAGGCAAGAAAGUAACUUUAACGGGGGAUACUGAAGAUGAAGACUCUGCAUCUACAAGUAGUUCAUUAAAAAGAGGAAUCAAAGACCUGAAAAAAAGAAAAAUGGAGGAAAACACUUCUAUUAAUUUGUCAAAACAAGAAAGUUUUACUUCUGUUAAGAAACCUAAAAGAGAUGACUCCAAGGACCUAGCUCUUUGCAGUAUGAUCCUUACUGAAAUGGAAACUCAUGAGGAUGCAUGGCCUUUUCUACUUCCUGUAAACUUGAAACUUGUUCCUGGUUAUAAGAAAGUUAUUAAGAAGCCUAUGGAUUUUUCCACAAUUAGAGAGAAAUUAAGUAGUGGACAGUAUCCAAACCUUGAAACUUUUGCUCUAGAUGUCAGGCUUGUUUUUGACAACUGUGAAACAUUUAAUGAAGAUGAUUCUGAUAUAGGCAGAGCUGGCCACAGUAUGAGGAAGUAUUUUGAAAAAAAGUGGACAGAUACUUUCAAAGUGAGCUGAAGUUAUAAUAAUCUCUCUUUUUUUCCUUUUAAACAAGGACAAACGAACCAGCAAUGUGAACUGUAUUUACAUACAUGUGCAAGGCACAUACAUAAUGACUUUUCUGUCCUUUAAAAUAAGUAUCACACAAAAAAAAAGUAUCAGAAGAAUGAUACCGUUUUUAAAGGCUUCACUCCUACAACAACCAAGGCCCUUGGUUAUUGGUUUGUGUGAUUUAUCAGCUAAUUUAGGUAGAACAGGGAAGCACACCCAAAGAAUUUUCAAAGGAAAGGGUGUUAUAGUGCAAUAGCAAUUAAAAUAUAUCAAAUCGCACUGAAUAUUCAACACCAGAGCUCUAACGUGGGAAAUGGUUCUCCUUUCCCUCUCAAUAAAUAUCUAUUUUUCAUUUUUUUACUUUGUAGUUUAUUUUUUAGUGAAUGUAUUUAAUUUUAUGAAUUAUUUAUGAUUAAACCACAUCCAGAAUCUUCGUUUUCUGUGAAAAGGAAGAACUAGAAAAAUUGCUUUAAAUCUUGAAAAUACAACAAGGAAUGUUUUAAAAUAUAAAACAAAGCCAAGUUAAACUGUUUACACUGAUGUGCUAUAAAAGCACCAAAAAUAAACUUUACUGUAGAGUUACAAGUACAUUUAUAUAUAUAUAUAUAUAUGUAUAUAUAUAUAUAUAUAUGUUGCUGCAUCACUUGUGUAGUUAAAUUGUAUUUCAAGACAGUGAAGAAAAAUUGACAUGUAUAUACUGUUCAUUAUUGUUUAUAUUAAGUCUUGUUUUAAAUAUGUAUUAUGUGUAUAUAUUGUUUGCAGACAUUAUUGUUUAUGCCUUAGAAGGAUUGUAGCAUUUUAUUUUAGUCUGAAGGUAAUUAUAGCUAUACAGCUUGUACAGUAAUUAUCCUCUACCAACACUGUGGCGUCUCCUUGAUCUUGGUAGUGCCUGCCUUUGAAACAGGGUGUAGGGGAUAUUAGUUUUCCAUUUUUUCUAUUUUGUUAUAUAAUUUUAAGCCACCAGGGCCGAAAUUAAAGUAUAAUCAUUUGUAUCCAUGUGGAAUAAAAUUGUGACAAUUUCCUACGCACACAGUAUUUUUUCAUAGAAACAUUUCCCUCCCAUUUGCCUUGCCUCAGAAAUAAAUUUAAAAGACAUUUGUAACCACUGUGUUUUAUCUACUGUGUGUUGUGGUGGCCUGUUGGAGGCAAGUAGAUCAGAAUUUUUUUGUACCUAUGUAAGAGUACUUGAAGUUUUAUUUAAAAUAAAAUGUUGUGGAAAAGGUAGCAUUCUUUUUUUUAGGAGUGUUAUUUUUCACUACUAUGUGUGGCACGGAUACAAUAAAAGACUUUUACAAACUAGUUUUUUAGUUUUUCUUAAUGAACCUGGAAAUUUUUUUUUUUUUUCAAAAAAACUAGUUAAUUUAAAUUUGUUUUUUACAGAAUCAUAAAGGAGGAGCAACAGAGUGUGGUUCAAAGAACGUUGGGCUGUGGGUGGAGGAAGGUAGUCUUAAGUCAAGUGAUGUGACUUUCAUGAGUCUCUGAACCUCUCUGGACCACUUUUUAUUGUUUAUUUCACAUUUCUAAUAUGAAAAUUUUAGAAUAUUUUUAAGGUCUUGUUCUAAUAGGUGAAAUGUCUCUAUUGUAGACAUACAACCCAGUUGUCAUUAAGAAAAAUUUAUUAUAUAAAUUUGUCUAAUAAGUCAUGAGAUACAAGUUCAAGCGUUCAUGAACUAUGAUUUGAUGCCUUGCUGGGGUCUGAGGAAUCCUUGAUGAACAAGACAGGCACAGGCCCUACCUUCAUGGAGCUUACAGUCUAGUGCAGAAGUGAUCCUUAGCUAAUGUCCUUAGUAAAGGGCUUUUAAUAAGUAGUGAAGGGAGAAUAGAAAAGUUUUGAAGAAAUAUUAAACUUCAGAAUGCUUCAUAACCUCAGAGUAUUUUCCAAAAUUCCUAGAGUGUUUGUGAAGGCUUAUAUGAAAAUCAGCUGUUAUUAUGUACAUAUGUCAGUUUCUGUUAACCAAAUAUUGCAGUGAUGCCUUAAGGAGCUGGUGCUCAAUACCAUGUGGAACAGAGAACAAGGUGGUGCUGUGAAUCAAGUGUGUGGUUUUUGUGUUUAUAGAACUGGCUGCCAGAUGCUCCAUGGAGAGUUUUCUUCAUGGGGGUGUUUUGCCUUAGGGGGCAUAUGUGGUUACAUUACUUUAUAUUAGAUGGCAUAUAAGAGCUUGAUAUUAACAUGUCUGAUGUUCGAGGGGCGAAUGAGAAAUAAAAUACUUAAACACACACGAAGAACAGUUUUCCGAGAGUGAUUAAUUUUCUUUUAAAAAUAAAUUAAAUAUCCCUGAAAAAAAGAAAGGUGACUAUUGGCUACUUUGGACUGCUUUCUUCAUUGUUGCUACUCAGCAGGAGUAGCUGUUCAAGAAGUACUGGCCAUGAUCCCCAAAAGGCCACAAUUAGUCUCCAGAACAAUUGUUACCAUACACAUGUGGAUCAUUUGUUAUGUGAAUGACUCUUGCAUUCACAGUGCCGUAGGUUGGGCCUAUCUUCAGUAAAACCAGUAUUAUUAUUCUCCUCAAAUAUAAAAACAUUUUCCUAACCCUCUGCUAUCAUACAAUUACAAGUAUGCACAACAUACUUUUUCUAAGAUAAAUUAGGCUUUAACCUGAACCUUCUCCAUUUUAGUCCUGGUUGUUCUGUGAAUUGUAAAAAAUUGGCCUGACCUCAAGUAUAGAUUUUGAUUUAUCCUAAGGAUAAACCAAUCAUACUACCGAACCCCCAAAAUAGUCAUCAGUUUGAAACAACAUCUAGAGAGUAAAUUAAUAUAUUUAUUUAGUUGUUAACCGUGGUUAAAAUUAAACAAAUGAAAAUUUAUCUGUGGGUAUACCUUGAACUCAAAAGAACUAAAUUACCAUAAAUGCAAGGUAAUCUCUUUUUCUUAUUUCAACCCCAAAAUGAAAUUUGUUAAAAGCACUAGUUUUAAUCAAAAUCAAUGAGGGAGCUGAUCUGUCUUUGGUACCUUAAUGCACCCCCUCUGUGCUCCUUCUCUUUUCUAUCCCCUCUACCCCCAUACCCUUUCAAGAAAUUUAAAAUCCUGUUCAUUUAGCCUCCUAUGAAACACAUCCUUAACAAGGAAAUCUGAUAUCAAUGAUUUACUCCUUUUUAUAAAUUGUAUUUGUGGGCUACGUCUCUCAAGAUUAUUUGCAUUUGAGAAACAAAAGAAGUUUGUGUUCUGUUAAAAGAAUUUCAUUCCAACAAGGAGAUAAGAGGGGUAUUUUAAGACAAUUCAAAUUUUCCUUCCACAAGAAUAUGACUCAUAAAAAAUACAACACAGAGAAACUAGUAGAACCUUAUCUACUAGGAAUUUUGCCUCAGUUAGAUCUCUUAGGAGGCCUGCUUGGACCACAUUACAACUCUGCCUAAAAAAAAAAAAUUUUUUUUUAAAACCUCAACUACACAGAAUUAAGAUAAUUCCUCUCCUCAAUUCAUGACACACUCUUCACAUUGUUCUUGCAAAGCCCCUCUUUUCUUUCAUUUUCUUACUUCUUCCUUCAGCUCCUCUUCAAUUCCCUUUCCUCCCACAUACAACCACAUAUGUCUUUCCAGUCAACCUUUUAUAUAUGUAUUUAGCAACACAUACAUCUUUAAAAAUAUAUAGUGUGGGGAAAAAAUAUAUAUACAGUGUUUUUCAAACUUGUAUCAGUUGCAUUAUGCUAUACAUAUCAUUCUAUUUUUCUAAUUUUGUUUCUUUUGAGUUGAAAAAGGAAUACAUAAAUCUGGUUCAUUACUUUUGAUUGCUACAAGGUAUUCCAUCACAGGCGUAUACCACAUUUUACUUUCAAACUUCUCUCAGAAUGAAAACCUAAGUUGCCUGCAACUCCUUGUCACUGCAAAUAAUACUGCGGUGAAUGUUGUCAUACAUUUCUUCUAUGGACCUGCGUGUGCAAGCCUGUUUCCUAGAUGGUCCCAAAUGAUUCUUACCCCUGUGUAAUCCCUUCCCACAUUGUAUCGGGUUUCGCCUGUGUGACCAACAUAACAUGGCAGUGAUGUGUGAAUUCCCAGACUAGGUCAUAAAUACAUUGCUAUUUCCACCUUGUUCUCUUGGAUCACUUGUUCCUGGUAAAGCCAACUACGGUGUUGUUGAGGACACUGUAGCAGACCCAUGGGACAGCCAACAGCUAGCACCAACGUGCAAGCCAUGUGACAGCAGCAUCUUAGAAGUGGAUCCUUCAGCUGAAGUUAAACAGAUGACAGGAGCCCCGGCCAACAUCUGGACUGCAACUUUACAAGAGACCCUGAGACACUCCUGAAUUCUUGACCCAUAGAAACUGUGGAAUAAUAAAUGUGUAUCGUUGUUUUAAGCCACUCACUUUUGAGUAAUUUGUUACAUAGCAAUAGAUAACUAACAGACUGUGGUAAGAGUUUCUCUAGGAUCUAUAUGUAGGGGAGAAUCUCCAAGUUGUUAGGUAUGUGCACAGUAACUUUCCAUGCUAUUGC